AUGACUCCGACGAGUCAGAAGAAGGGGAAGUCGUCAGCCGCGUUCCAUCAGGGGGUACGUCUGCACGGCCACAGGUGGAAUCGUGCGCGUAAUGUAGACGUCUCUCUCCGUCUCUCUCUCUCUCUGCGUGUGUGUGUGUGUGUGUGUCACGUGCAGCCUGCUCAGCCUCCUGCAGCAGCAGCAGCAGCUGCUGCUGCCGCCGCUGGUGGUGGUGGUGAUGAUGGUCGUCGGCCGCUGAGGAGGAGGGCGUCGACCCACGAGGAGGGAGGACACUCACUGCGCAGAAAGCAGGACAAGCAGGACAAGCAGGGCAAGCGAAAAGACGGAGGCAAGUGACGACGAGUGCGGGAUGGUGUGGAUGGGCGGGCGGGGUGCGUGUCGGUCGGUGCACACAUGCUGC